AAGUCAUUGUACAUUGUGUCUUUCUUUAUAUGCUAUCUCAUCUCGGUGGUGCAUAGGGUUUUAAAAUUGGGGAAGAUAAAGUCUCCUCUUCGAUUUCGUGUGUGAUUCUGUGGAUCGACAAGGCUUUUGCUUUUCUAUCCCUCACAAUCAGGCGUUAUGUCUUCCAAUUCGCAGAAGGAUGUUCCAACUUCGGAUGAAAAGACUAGUCCAGCAGAGAAUAUGAAGGCGAAAUCUGAAUCAACCUCAUUGGAGACACAAUCAGGACAGAGAACAGCAACCGGUGCACCAGAAGCUGGGUUUCCUGGAAAUCCAUUUGAUUUCUCAGCUAUGGCCGGCCUACUUAAUGAUCCAAGCAUUAAGGAAUUAGCUGAACAGAUAGCAAAAGAUCCUUCAUUUAACCAGAUGGCCGAGCAGCUCCAAAAGACUUUUCAUGGUGCACCAGCCGAAGAAGAAAUCCCUCAGUUUGAUACACAACAGUACUAUUCGACCAUGCAACAGGUUAUGCAAAAUCCUCAAUUUAUGUCCAUGGCUGAGCGGCUUGGUAGCGCGUUAAUGCAGGAUCCAUCAAUGUCCAGCAUGCUUGAAAAUUUUGCUAAUCCAUCACACAAGGAGCAGCUUGAAGAACGCAUGGCGCGAAUAAAAGAAGAUCCAUCUUUAAAACCUAUUUUGGAUGAGAUAGAGACUGGUGGUCCUGCUGCAAUGAUGAGGUACUGGAAUGAUAAAGAGGUCCUACAGAAGUUGGGCGAAGCGAUGGGUCUUGCAGUUGCAGGAGAGGCUGCCACUUCUGCUGAAAAUUCUGGGCUAGAGGAAACUGAAGAACCAGGAAAUGAGGAUGAAUCCAUUGUUCAUCACACUGCUAGUGUUGGUGAUAUGGAGGGCUUGAAAAAUGCACUAGCCUCUGGUGCGGAUAAAGAUGAAGAAGAUUCGGAGGGAAGGACAGCAUUGCACUUUGCAUGUGGAUAUGGUGAGGUGAAGUGUGCUCAGGUCCUUCUCGAGGCUGGGGCAGCGGUGGAUGCUUUGGAUAAGAAUAAGAAUACCGCUCUUCAUUAUGCAGCUGGUUAUGGCAGGAAGGAAUGUGUAGCACUUCUGCUGGAGAAUGGUGCCGCAGUCACGCUCCAAAACUUGGAUGGCAAGACGCCCAUUGACGUUGCCAAGCUGAAUAACCAGCACGAAGUACUGAAGCUGCUGGAGAAGGAUGCUUUUUUGUAACUUUGUAGACACUGGCUUAUGUGUACGUUUGGGGUAUUCCCGUGGGGUAUGAACAUGACAAGGAUGCCCCUCUGGACUCGCUGCUGCUUUGCCCAUGUUACAUCGCUAUCUUUUUGGUUCAUCUCACAUGGUCUUCAAUUUUAAAUUGCAUAAACAGUCUCUUUCAUGGGACAUAAUGUAUGUUGAAUGGAUAUGACAUGCCCGUUGCUCAGGCUGGCCAAGGUUAUUACUUGAUGGUUUCAGUAGGUACAUAUUAAGUUUUGUAUCAGGAUUAAAUUAUGAUGGUUCAUCAUGGGUAUAUUUCCUUGUUUGCUC